GAGCACCUCCUAGUGAAACCGACGCGCGGCGCCUCCACGGCCGCUGCGGCAGACACCUGACGGCUGACGCGCCAACGCCUGGCUGGUGCUCCUACCGCACGGUGGCGAGGCGACUUUCCGCCCCUCCGCCCGCCCGGUCUCGCACGCCACGCGUACGCCGCGAAGGACUCUUCUCCCUCCCCUCCACCGCCCCGCUUUAUCCCUCCUCCGGCUACCCCACUAGGCCACUACCGCUCGGCCCUCUCAGCUGCUCCACAUUUCCUCCACGGCUGCUCCUCACGGGGGAUCCUUCCGAGAACUUGCGGUGCCUGGCGACCGAUCUCGGCGUGUGGUGUCGCCCGUCCUCGCCGGCGCCGAGAAGCGGGAUCCCGAUUCCCGAGGUGUUUCAGUUACAUAUCUGAUAGAGUCGUCCCCCUUUAGUUGGCAAAAUGUCAUUUCUAUGGAAGUCAAGCAAUGGUGGUACAACGGAGAAAACCUUGACCUUGGAAGAACAGCAAGAGAAACAGAUAAAUGAGGUACGAAAGCAACUUGAAGAACCCUCGUCACUAGCAAUACAGGGUUUCCUUUCGGAUGCCUCGAUACUGAGAUUCCUUCGAGCUAGAAACUGGAAUGUGCAGAAAUCGAGUAAAAUGCUGAAAUCAGCUGUGAAGUGGCGGGCAGCAUACAAGCCAGAAAUGAUUUCCUGGGAAGAAAUUGCACAUGAAGCAGAGACUGGAAAGAUAUAUAGGGCUGACUACAAGGACACACUUGGAAGAACUGUUCUUGUUCUGAGGCCAGGUUUAGAGAACACUACCUCGGGGAAGGAACAAAUUAAGUAUCUUGUUUACUCUCUGGAGAAAGCGAUUAUGAAUCUGACGGAUGAUCAGGAGAAGAUGGUGUGGAUGAUAGACUUCCAGGGCUGGACCAUGGGAAGCACACCGCUGAAGGUGACCCGGGAGACCGUGAGUGUCUUGCAAGACUGUUAUCCCGAGAGAUUGGGACUUGCAAUCCUUUACAAUCCUCCUAGAUUAUUUGAGUCUUUCUAUAAGAUAGUGAAGCCAUUCUUGGACCAUGAGACUAGCAAGAAGGUGAAGUUUGUGUACUCCAACGAUAAGGAGAGCCAGAAGAUAAUGGCGGAGGUCUUCGACAUGGACAAGCUCGACUCAGCAUUCGGAGGAAGGAAUCUAGCCACCUUUGAAUACAGCAGCUACGCGGAACAAAUGAAAGAGGAUGACAAGAAGAUGCAAUCUAAUGAUGCGGGCUCUGACGCCUCAAGCGAGGCUUCCUUCUACAGCGGAACAGAUUCCCCGAAGCACGGAGAUGGAGAGCACGGCGCAACGAAGAAGGCCUGCGCCACAUAACUGCUAAUAGUUGCUCUAUUUUAAAUAUGUGUAGUAAGAAUAUACACAAUCAUCUAGCUAGACCUUUUGCGCCAGUGUUUAUCCUUUUGUCGGUCACAUUUUCGGGUCCAAGACUUAGAAUAUUCUCUGUCCGUGGUAUCAUAGAAGAUCAGGAAGAGAAGCUUGGGCCAGAACGUGUGAUGCAUUGACAUCUAGCAAGUAACAUAAAUGAGAAAUCUUACCAGGGCUGUCCUGUUGCAGGCGCUUCUAUACGAAAUAAUUUGAUAUUCAGCUCCCAUGAGCUGACUAACCGAUGCACUUUACUA